AUGGAACCCUCGUACCAAAGGAAAAGAUUGCUCUGCCGGACUUCGAGGAGGAGCAUGACAUCCCACCGGGCUAAGUGCUUGCUCACACACAGAGACGCAACCCAUCCGGAAUGCCUCGUCGUGCUCUUCGAGUACAAGGAACCCAACAUGUGGUGCUGCAAGGUCGGCGGCGGCGAUGGCGAUGGCGGCGUCCACGGUGGUGGCUGGUGCCGCUACACGUACGACAUCGGUGACUACGAGGUGCCCGGCGGUGAGCCUCCUACUAAAGACCUCAUCUCCAGCGUCGCCGCGGUUCAAGGGGAGAUCUUCUUCAUCAGCUCAGCAGAAGACAUGUGCGCCAUCAACUUCUCCUCCUCGACUUUGUUGGCUUUGAUGCGGAUAACAUUGGAUUGA